AGUAAGCAUGCAACUUACUAAAAUACGUUAAAAAUACUAUUGCUCAACCACACAACAUGGACACGGUUUCGAUUAUUGGUCAGUCAUUCAGUGCACUUUUGGCGCUUGUAUUUAUCACGAUCUUUCUGAACACCCUCAUACGACGUUAUCUUUUGAAACCUACGUGGCCAAGUCAAUCUCGGUGCACCUCAACAAGCCGGCGUUUGGGGAAAUUUGAAGAAACCAUGGAGAUAUUUAGUAACGAACGUCAGGGUUGCACAAACUCUUGUUAUGUGAUGAUGUUGCAAUCGAAAGAGAAACUUGAAGAGUCGCUUAUUCGCAAGACAUUGAUACGUCUAGCCAAACGACAGCCAAUGCUACGAGCCAUUACCAAGACUGUUUCUAAUUGCUCUUGGUUUGGAUCAAGUAGCGAAUGUUAUUUCGAAAUAAUUGAACCGGCGAGCGUUGGAGAUAUGAUUAAUAUCACAAAGUCUGAUCUACGUGCUUCUCAAUGGCAAAAAUCAUGGGUGGAUAUUGCUACAAAAUCUGUUGGCGCUGGCUUACUAUGGAAAUUGGUUUUGUUCAGUGAAGAAUAUCUAUCUGACAGCGAGAACUACCUCAACACAAUUGUAAUCCGCGUGAAUCACUGUAUUGUCGACGGUAUGUCCGGUAUGAAAUUGUGCAAACAAUUUCUAAACCACCUAAAUAGCUUUUCCGAAGACCCACGAGUGCACAACGAAAUCGUUCCGAGUCUUGAACUUUGCCCCAGUUUUUAUGAGAUGAUCUAUAACACCCAGCCUUGGUCACUGUGGAAGUAUUUGCAGGAAACCCUGGGACUGUAUUUCAUAAUCAAAGUGUUGAAAAGAAUAACGUUACACAUCUCGUUGAUCUCCAAACCUGAAAACCCACACCAAUUUUUCAUGAUGCAACCAAAGUCUGAAGGGCGUGAUUUGAGGUGCAAAAUAUUCUCUGAAAGCGAAACCUUGCAGAUUCGCAAAGUCUGUAAAUCAAAAGGAGCAACCGUGACGGGUGCGCUUAUGGCUUCAGCUUAUUUUGCUUUGUGCAAGCUCAUCGAGAGUGAAGGUGUUACUAAGCCACAGGAGCUGAUGCAACUCUUUGCAGUAAAUGGGCUGCGAGUCUGUAACAGUAAGCCUCCAGAAGAAUACGUCGGUAAUUUUUUCCUUUCAGAAAUGCUCCCAAUGCCUUAUGUGAGCAGUGAAAAUGAUUUUUGGGCAACAUCUCAAGAGGCAACCAAGGGGAUUCAAAACAUAAUUAAGGAGAGGGGAAAAGAUCUUUCCAAACAUUUAGCUGAAUAUGUUAUUUGGACCCCCAGAGAAAUGGUCGAGGAAGUGCUCUCUCCCAAUAAUUCAAGCAAAGAACUAUUAAAUUACGUGUCAAGUGCUGGGGCAUUUACUUUCUCUGAUGAUGAUGAAAUGUCCACAUUUAAAUUACAGAGUUGUCUUUUCUAUAGCAUUCCUUAUGCAUUUUCAUCAUUUUCUUGUCAUUUUAAUACAACAGUGAACGGUAAAAUGGCGUGGGUAAUUGUGUGCAGUGAUUUUGUUCAACCCACAAUUGAAGACCAAUUUGUGAAUCUUUGUUUUGAUACAUUUCAGAAAGAAAUUCAUUGUCAAAGUCAGGAACCAUAGGCUUCUCUUAUUGUACAUUGAUAUUGAGCGCAUAUUGAACUAAUAAUUUUUUGUGUGUUCUUGUUGUACUUAUCAUAUUCCAAUGGAUCUGAUAGAUUGUAAAAAGUAUGGAAAG